CGUGGCUACCGCGCUGGCCGGGCUGGGUAUCGGCGGCCGAGGCGGAGCGCGCAGGACGCCUGGGACGGCGAAGGCUGGAGCGCGCCAGGUCAGCCGCAGUAGCUGCAGGCAGUGUGACUCACAGCCGGCUGGGUGGCACCUGAGGAGCAGCAGCAGAGAGGAUGGCCCAGGUCCUGCAUGUGCCUGCCCCGUUCCCAGGGACUCCUGGCCAGGCCUCCCCAGCAACCUUCCCCAGCAAAGAGCCAGACCCACCAUACUCUGUGGAGACGCCCUACGGCUACCGCCUGGACCUGGACUUUCUUAAGUACGUGGAUGACAUUGAGAAGGGCCACACACUGCGCAGGGUGCCCGUGCAGCGCCGGCCGCGCCUGGGCUCCCUGCCGCGGGGCCCAGGCUCCUGGUGGACGUCCACGGAGUCGCUGUGCUCCGACGCCAGCGGGGACAGCCGGCACUCGGCCUACUCCUACUGUGGCCGUGGCUUCUACCCACAGUACGGGGCCCUGGAGACCCGUGGCGGCUCCAACCCACGGGUGGAGCGCACGCUGCUGGACGCCCGGCGCCGGCUGGAGGACCAGGCGGCCGCCCCGUCGGGAGGCCUGGGCUCCCUGACGCCCAGCGCCGCGGGCUCCACCAGCUCCCUGGCAGGCGUGGGCCUGCUGCCGCCCACGCCUCGCAGCUCCGGCCUGUCCACCCCAGUGCCACCCAGUGCAGGUCACCUGGCCCACGUGCGCGAGCAGAUGGCCGCGGCCCUGCGCAAGCUGCGCCAGCUGGAGGAGCAGGUCAAGCUGAUCCCCGUGCUCCAGGUCAAGCUGUCGGUGCUCCAGGAGGAGAAGAGACAGCUCACGGUGCAACUCAAGAGCCAGAAGUUUCUAGGCCACCCCUCAGGGACCCGGGGCCGGAGUGAGCUCUGCUUGGACCUUCCGGAGCCCCCCGAGGACCCUGCUGCACUAGAGACCCGCUCUGUGGGCACCUGGGUCCGGGAACGGGACUUGGGCAUUCCGGAUGGUGAAGCUGCCCUGGUGGCUAAGGUGGCCGUGUUGGAGACUCAGCUCAAGAAAGCGCUGCAGGAGCUGCAGGCGGCUCAGACCCAGCAGGCCGACCUCCCUCCCCAGGCCUGGCCACCACCAGACACCCAGGUCCGUGUGGACACCGUGCGGGUGGUGGAGGGUCCUCGGGAAGUGGAGGUGGCGGCCAGCACGGCAGCGGGGGCCCCUGCACAGCGAGCCCAGAGUCUGGAACCCUAUGGAGCAGGGCUGAAGGCCCUGACCACUUCUGGGGCCACCGAGAACGCCCUCGUGUUCCGCAGCCACGAGGUGGUGGAAACCAUGUGCCCGCUGCCCACAGCCACCACCAGCCACGUGCACACGGCCAAGAAGAUCAGUAUUACAGAGCGGAGUUGCAGUGGUGUGGCCAGGACCGCAGGUGGUCCACAGUCUCCUGCAGAGUCCUCCUCCACUGCACACCCUGCUGCUGUUUCUACGAAACAGUCUGAGGAUCCUGACCAGGCGGCUGCCCCGGACACCACUGACAGGGAGCCCACCAGGCCAGCAGCAUCCCAGGAGACACAAGUGGCUGAGGGCACAGGCAGGGUCUCUGUGGGAGUGCAGUCUACCCUGAAGAGGAAAGAGGACCCUGCAGACCCUGGAGUCCCCCAGAGGAGCCUCCAGUUUGUGGGGGUCAAUGGCGGAUAUGAGUCCUCGUCGGAAGACUCCAGCACAGCAGAAAACUCAGAACAUGAGAGCACAGAGAAUGAAGCCCCAGAGCCACCGGCCAGGGUCCUGAGCACGGCUGAAUGCCCCCAGCUCAGGCCGCCCGGGACGGCAGCGGCCAAGGCCAGUCUGGAAGAGAGCCCACUCCCCCAGGAAGCUCGGCGUGUGCCCGCAGCUGGGGCGGCAUCAGGACCCAACUCCGAGGAUGAAAUUCGGAUGGAUCUGAGCCCUGACCUCAUAUCAGCCUGCUUGGCCCUGGAGAAAUACCUGGAAAACCCCAAUGCUCUCACUGAGCGAGAACUGAAAGUGGCCUAUACCACGGUACUUCAGGAAUGGCUGCGCCUGGCCUGCCGCAGUGACGCACACCCUGAACUUGUGCGGCGACAUCUGGUCACCUUCAGGGCCAUGUCCGCCCGGCUGCUGGACUAUGUGGUCAACAUCGCCGACAGCAAUGGUAACACCGCGCUGCACUACUCCGUGUCACACGCCAACUUCCCUGUGGUGCGGCAGUUGCUGGACAGCGGUGUCUGUCAGGUGGACAAGCUGAACCGUGCUGGUUACAGCCCCAUCAUGCUUACUGCUCUGGCCACCCUGAAGACCCAGGAUGACAUUGAGACCAUCCUUCAGCUCUUCCGGCUUGGGAAUGUGAACGCCAAAGCCAGCCAGGCAGGGCAGACGGCCCUGAUGCUGGCAGUCAGUCAUGGACGGGUGGACGUGGUCAAAGCUCUGUUGGCCUGCGAGGUGGAUGUCAACAUUCAGGAUGAGGACGGCUCCACAGCCCUAAUGUGUGCCUGUGAACACGGACACAAGGAGAUCACUGGGCUCCUGCUGGCUGUGCCUGACUGUGACAUCUCACUCACCGAUCGAGACGGGAGCACCGCACUGAUGGUGGCCCUGGAUGCAGGGCAGAGCGAGAUCGCAUCCAUGCUGUACUCACGCAUGAACAUCAAGUGCUCGUUCGCUCCCAUGUCAGACUACGAGAGUCCGGCAUCGUCCUCAGCCGAAGAGUAAACACGGAGAGGCCGGUGCCUCCCCAAGGACCACCAGCCACACAGGCACACCGUCCCUACCCUCAUCCCUUUCUGCCGCGCGCUUCCGCAGCCUUCCUCUCCAAGGCAGACCCCCUCACUUCUCGGGGGAGUCCUGACAUCUGCAGACUCCAGCUCCACAGGGCCUUUCCCGGCAUCCGGGGUUCAA